GCCGCGGGGCCGGGGCCGGGGCCGGCGAGCCGGGAGCCGAGGGAGCGCGGACGCCGAGCGGGCUCGCCGCGAUGCCCGGGGGCGCGGGCGCCGCCCGGCUCUGCCCGCUGGCGCUGCUGCUGCCGCUGCUGCUGCCGCCGGCGGGGGCGCGGGCGCCGGGCCGGGCGCGCGGAGGAGGUGAAGAAGGCAUACUUCCGCUCCAGCAUGAACUCGUAAUACCUCAGUGGAAGAUUCUAGAAAGCCCCUCCAAAGACAAGCAUCCCUUGGCGGCUGAGCUCAGGGUGACGGCCCAGGGCGCUGAGCUGAUCCUGGACUUGGAGAAGAACGAGUACCUUUUUGCUCCAGCCUAUACAGAAACUCAUUAUACCCCAAGUGGCACUCCUCAAACCAGCACGCUGAAAUCCGAGGACCACUGCUUCUACCACGGCACUGUGAGGAAUGAAGGAGAGUCCAGCGUCACCCUCAGCACCUGCCGGGGCAUUCGAGGACUGAUUACAGUGAGAAGUAACCUCAGCUACAUCAUCGAGCCCCUCCCUGACAGCCAGGGACAACACCUUAUUUAUAGAUCUGAACAUCUCAAGCUGCCCACUGGGAACUGUGGGUUUGAGCACUCCAGGCCCACCGCGGGGGACUGGGCCCUUCCGUUUACACAACAGACCAAGAAACAACCUCGCAGGAUGAAAAGGGACAGUUUGCACUCAAUGAAAUAUGUGGAGCUUUAUCUGGUGGCAGAUUAUGCAGAGUUUGAGAAGAACCGCCGAGACCAAGACGCCACCAGGCACAAGCUCCUGGAGAUUGCCAACUAUGUGGACAAGUUUUACCGGUCCUUGAACAUCCGGAUCGCGCUGGUGGGCUUGGAGGUGUGGACGCACGGGAACAUGUGUGAGGUCUCGGAGAACCCCUACACCACCCUCUGGUCCUUCCUGGGCUGGAGGAGGAAGCUGCUCAAGCAAAAGCACCACGACAACGCCCAGCUCAUCACGGGCUUGUCCUUCCACGGCGCCACCAUCGGCCUGGCCCCGCUCAUGGCCAUGUGCUCGGUGUACCAGUCCGGAGGGGUGAACGCGGACCACUCCGACAACGCCAUCGGUGUGGCCGCCACCAUGGCCCACGAGAUGGGCCACAACUUCGGCAUGAGCCACGAUGUGAAGCACUGCUGCCCGGCCAGCGCCCAGGACGGCGGAUGCAUCAUGGCCGCCGCCACUGGGCACCCCUUCCCCCGAGUGUUCAACGGCUGCAAUCGGAAGGAGCUGGACAGGUACCUGCAGUCGGGGGGCGGGAUGUGUCUCUCCAACAUGCCGGACACCAGGACGCUGUACGGAGGCCGGCGGUGCGGCAACGGGUACCUGGAGGACGGGGAGGAGUGCGACUGCGGCGAGGAAGACGAAUGCAACAACCCCUGCUGCAAUGCCUCCAACUGCACCCUGAAGGCGGGCCUGGCGUGCGCCCACGGCGCCUGCUGCCGCGACUGCAAGCUGGUGGCCGCGGGCACCAUGUGCCGCGAGCAGGCGGGGCAGUGUGCUCCGGAGUUCUGCACCGGCAAGUCCCCCCACUGCCCCUCCAACUUCUACCAGAUGGACGGCACCCCCUGCGAGAGCGGCCAGGCCUACUGCUACCUCGGCAUGUGCCUUACCUACCACGACCAGUGCCAGCGGCUGUGGGGCCCCGGAGCCUGGUCUGCCCCGGACAUCUGCUUCGAGAGGGUGAACGUGGCAGGAGACCGCUUUGGAAACUGUGGGAGAGACAUACAUGGCGAACCCAAAAAAUGCAAUAUAAGAGAUGUCAAGUGCGGGAAGAUCCAGUGCCACAUCUCCGCCGCCCAGGCCAAGGAGUCCAACGCGGUGCCCAUCCAGACCACCAUCAAAGUGAACAAGAAGUCCAUCCAGUGCUUCGGGGUCCACUUCUACCGGAACAACGACGAGGAGGGGGACGCUUUGGACCCGGGCCUGGUGAUGACAGGGACCAAGUGCGGCUCCAACCACAUUUGCUUCGAAGGUCAGUGCAGAAACGCCUCCUUCUUUGACGCUGGAAACUGUGAAAAGAAAUGCAAUGGUCACGGGGUGUGUAACAACAACCAAAACUGCCACUGCUUCAGCGGCUGGGCGCCCCCCUUCUGCAACACCCCAGGCCACGGGGGUAGCCUCGACAGUGGUCCAUGCCCCUCAUGAGUGAGUGCUGGGCCUGUGGUGGCCGGAGUGUUCUCUGCCCUCUUUGUCCUGGCAGUCCUUCUGCUGAUAUGCCACUGCUGCCGACAGAACAACAGACUGAGCCAGCUCAAGCCCUGGGCCCUCCCGUCCAAGCUGCGGCAACAGUUCAGCUGCCCCUUCAGGGUGCCCCAGAGCAGCGGAUCUGGCCAUGCCAACCCGACUUUCAAGCUGCGGACGCCCCAGAGCAAGCGGAAGGUGAGCAGCACCCCGGAAAUCUUCCGGAAGCCCUCCCAGCCGCCCCCCCAGCCCCCUCCCGACUACCUGAGCCACGAGUCUCCACCGGUGCCGCUGCCCGCACACCUGAACAGGGUGCCGGGGAACCCCCCGAGCCCCGGGGCUCACGUACAGAGAAAGGAGUCGUCCAGGGGGCCUCCCCCGAGCCGGCCUGCACCCCCAGCCCCAAAUGGCCUCCUCUCCCAGGACUUUGCCAGGCCCCGGCCGCCCCAGAAGGCGCUGCCGGCCAACCCGGUGCCCGGCCGCCGGGCCUUCCCCCCGCCGGAUGGGACCUGCGGCCCCCAGCCCCCCGCUGCUGGCCCCCCCCACACGCAGCCUCUGCUUGCUCCUGCCCCGAAGCUUCCCCAGUACCGAUUCCAGAGGACCGGAGCCAUGACCAGCUCCAAGAUCUAGAAGCGCCUAGAAGUUUCUGGAGGAUGCCGGAUGUCGCUGAGUGGAUCCCCAGAGUCGUGGGAUCCGGAAGAAACCUGGGUGGCCGCCUUGGAGGGAGGCAGCUCCUCCCGCCGCCUGGAGCCUCAUUCUGGAACUCUCCGUCCCCGCCGGACUCGGGAGGAGCGCUCCCCUCCGACGGCUUCUCAGUGUUGUUCUCGUGCAAUACACGGCCUCGA